AUGCUGACCCGCCUGUUCAGCGAGCCCGGCCUCCUCUCGGACGUGCCCAAGUUCGCCACCUGGGGCGACGGCGACGACGACGAGCCGAGGAGCGACAAGGGCGACGCGCCGCCGCCUCCGCCGCCUGCUCCCGGGCCGGGGGCUCCGGGGCCCGCCCGGGCCGCCAAACCAGUCCCCCUCCGUGGAGAAGAGGUGCCAGAGGCCACGUUGGCCGAGGUCAAGGAAGAAGGCGAGCUGGGAGGCGAGGAGGAGGAGGAAGAGGAGGAGGAGGAAGGGCUAGACGAGGCGGAGGGCGAGCGGCCCAAGAAGCGCGGGCCCAAGAAGCGGAAGAUGACCAAGGCGCGUCUGGAGCGCUCCAAGCUGCGGCGGCAGAAGGCGAACGCGCGGGAGCGCAACCGCAUGCACGACCUGAACGCGGCCCUGGACAACCUGCGCAAGGUGGUGCCCUGCUACUCCAAGACGCAGAAGCUGUCCAAGAUCGAGACGCUGCGACUAGCCAAGAACUACAUUUGGGCUCUCUCGGAGAUCCUGCGCUCCGGCAAGCGGCCCGACCUGGUGUCCUACGUGCAGACGCUGUGCAAGGGUCUGUCGCAGCCCACCACCAACCUGGUGGCCGGCUGCCUGCAGCUCAACUCACGCAACUUCCUCACGGAGCAGGGCGCAGACGGCGCUGGCCGCUUCCACGGCUCAGGAGGCCCGUUCACCAUGCACCCCUACCCGUACCCGUGCUUCUACGAGGGCCCGCUCAGCCCCCCGCUCUGUCUCAAUGGCAACUUCUCUCUCAAGCAGGACUCGUCGCCCGACCACGAGAAAAGCUACCACUACUCUAUGCACUACUCGGCGCUGCCCGGCUCGCGGCCCACGGGCCACGGGCUGGUCUUCGGUUCGUCGGCUGUGCGCGGGGGCGUGCACUCGGAGAAUCUCUUGUCUUACGAUAUGCACCUUCACCACGACCGGGGCCCCAUGUACGAGGAGCUCAAUGCGUUUUUCCAUAACUGAGACCUCGCGCCAGCCCCCUUCUUUUUCUUUUGCCUUUGCCCGCUCCCCUGCCCCCAGCUUCCCAAGCGCAGGGGCACCCCCACCUACCCCGGCGCCGGGCGCGGGGAGCAGGCCGCCGGUCCUGCCGCUCUCCUUGGCAGCGUGGUCCUCUUACCUGUGGGUGGCCGGUCCCAGGGGACUCGCUUCCCCCAGGGGCCUCGCCUUCUCUCACCCCAAAGGGUUGCCUCCUCCCCUCACCCAGGGAGUACUUCUCCAGGGACCGCUUUCAGGACGCUCCCAGGAGACACCCUCUGCCCCAUUCCCAAUUCCUUCACUUAGGUUUCCUCCUCCCUGCAGGCCCCAAGGCGUUGGUAAGGGGGCAGCUGAGCUGUGGCAUGUGGUUUUCUCUUCUCGUUAUUUUUAAAAUAGACACCGAGCUGCCGAGGCAGAAAGGAGCUGGGCGCCCCCUCUUUCUUGAAGAGGGAAGAAGUCGGGGCGCCUGAGCCCGGGCCUGGAACGCCCUCACCCUCAACCCCGAGUCUCCGCGUUUUGCGAUUUUAAUUUUGGCGGGAGGGGAUGUGGAUUGAGAGGAAAGAGAAAGGAAAAAACAAUUUGUAACUAGAAUCCGUUUCCCCCUUUUCCUUUUUUAAAACAA